GCUGACAUUUAAACAGUAUCAAACGUCUCAGACAAUACUAUCUGUUAACUCGUGGAGCAUUUUGGGAAACCUUUGGACCUAUUAACAUGUGUCGAUCACUAGAGCAUCUGCCAAACACCUGUCUGGAAAGGGCAAAGGAGCUCAAGGCUCGGUUUGGAAGCUUUCUGCUAAAGCAAGAGCUUAAUAUAAUGGGCCACUCACAAAAAACUGAAAAACUGAUGCUGGAGGACAGACAGAGCUGGUCUUUCCAUGAACUCCUGGCUCAUAAAGAAGGACAGUGCGCCUUCACAACGUUCCUGUCAUCGGAGUACAGUGAAGAAAAUAUAGCUUUCUAUUUGGCCUGUGAGGACUACAGGAACACAAAGAGCUCCUCGAAGCUGUGCUCCAAGGCCAGGAAAAUCUAUGAGGAGUUCAUCGCAUCUGACGCACCAAGAGAGGUUAAUCUUGAUCAUGAAACUAGAACCAUCACCUUAAAGAAUAUGGAGCAGCCCACAUUGUCCUGUUUCAACCUUGCCCAGAGUAAAAUUUAUGCCCUCAUGGAGAAAGACUGCUACCCUCGUUUCCUCAAGUCAGCGGUCUAUCAGGAACUCAUCACACAGCAUGUGGGUUAAACUAUCCAUGGGAAUGCGCCCCUGAUAAACAUGGCAUUCGUGUGACGUGAUGGUCCCUGAAUGAGCUGAACCAGUGUCCUGAGGUUCAAGAGGACUGGUAACGGACUCAAAGUCAGACUGGAAGGCCUCGAGCAUUCGAGAACAUUAAUCCUAUGAACACAGCAGUGGAGCACACAGAGAUCAAGUUUGUAGCACUGGACGAUCACUAUGAAAGCGAGAUGACUUUUGCACAAUUAUGUAAAGUGUGUAUUUUGUAUUGCCUAUGAGUAUUUAUUGAAAGUUAUAUUGAAAAUAGUAUUUAUAUUUGCAUUUCUAUUUGAUGAACAAAUAUGGGUUAUUUAUUGAACAUUUGAGUGAAAAAAAAAUAAAAUGAAUAUUUUUACAUACAAA